AACCUGCUUCCCUUCCUCCUUCUAUUCACACUAACGCAACACAAUCAGAAGCAGCAGCAACGCUGUAAUGAAAAAGAAGAGAAGCUGAAAGGGGGAUUUGAGAGACGAAGGGUUCAGAGGGGAGGGAGACGCCGUCCUCCUUGUCGCCGGAACCGCGAGGAGCUUCGUCGCCAUAACCGUGCCGUCGCCCCUGCCCAAUCAUGGCUCUAUCAACCACCACCUCAUUCCGUCGCCUGAGGAGAAUCGCAACGGCGAGAGGGAGAGCUCGUGCGCGAAGGGAGCGCGCAGGGGAGAGGAAGAAGGCGCUGUUUGGCCACGCACCUCGCCGUCAAUGGAAAUCUGGGAGUCACCAUCAAUCGUCAUUAAGCCGCGCCAAACCCAGGACUGCGGACGUGAGGGAUGCGAUGCAGGAGCCCGACGCGAGAAAGAGGGAGCGCGCGUGCUCGCGCGAGGGGAAGGCGGCGCUGCUGUCACUGCCGUUGCUGAGCUGCCAUCGCCGUUCCUCCAGAACCGCCACCGCUGGGUCGCUGUGAAGAGGGGUCCGCUGCUGCGACGCUGCUGCUACUGUGGCUGUCGCGGUGUUCAUCGCGUCCCUGGUCAUCGCCAGCUGUUCUGAUGCUGUCAAGGGGUUCAGGCCGCCGCCGGUGUCACUGCCGGAGAAGUGAGUUGCAUCUCUGUGAUUCUGACCGCUGGAGAUGGUUCUGGGACUUCCAGGACCGCCGCUGGAGCUUUUGGCUACUUCAGUCGUCGCCAAAAAACCCUGCCGUCGUCAUGAUUGGAAUUCGUUGCCACUACCGCUUGAAGUGGCUGCCGGGCUGCCGCCGAGCCGGUUUAGAGACCGCCACGGUGUCGGUUCAACCGUUCCUCCUUCGGUUCGUUAUUAUAUGUUGCGAGUAGUGUUGCUAUGGUUAUUGCGAAAGUGGCUGGGAGCUGAGGUUUUGGUUGCCUGUGAUUUCAAGUUGAGGCGGAAAGGACUCUGUGAGACGUUGGAUUAUGGAAUUUGCAUUUUGAGGAUAUGGGCGCAGAAGUCACGAAGAGUUCAUUUAUAUAUUGUCGUGAUGCUCUGUAUUGUUUUAGUUAUGGAUUAUUGUACCCUCGCCUUUAUCUUGUUAUUUUUUGUAAGAGGGAUAGGAAUUGUAUUGAGUAAUGCAAAGUAUUUAUGGGAGCGGUUUCGCGGUUUAAAAUUUUAA